AACCCGACCUGAACCCGACCUGAACCCGGGAUAAGAAAAAACCCGACAUGACCCGACCUGAAAUCGACCCGACCGAACCCGAAUUCAACCCGGAUGAAAUAUUGACCCGACACGACCCGACCUGAUCAUGACCCGAGACCCGGAAUGACCCGACCCAAACCCGACCCAAUGACCUGUUUUGACAGCUCUAGUGUAAUAGACAUAGUCUUAUAACGUCUGUGUCACUUUCUUUUUCUUCAUUUAAUUUUCUCUUAUCCUUGAUUAAUUAACAGACAUAUUCUCGUGAUUAGUAUCCCACCAAAAUAAUUGCUGUCGUGAUAGCAUUUGAUCAUGCCUUACGUAACGAAAGAUAAAGUACCAUCCAAACAUUUAAUUUAUUCUUACAAUAAAUCUGAACUUCCACUUUCAUAUACAUUUUCGUAUCUUCACCGUACAGUCGGUUGUACCUCACUUGUACCUUGCAAAUACAAUCUAAGACUCUUUUUAAUUAGCUCAAUGCUCGUUCAACUAAUGUAUAUGGACAAACGACUAGCGAAGUUUGAGCCAUAUAUUAGAUACAACCGGUUGCAUAUAGAAAACCGUCAAUUCUUUGUUCAUGAAAUUAAAGAGAAAGCUGAAUUGAAUCAUUAACAGUGUGAUUAGUACAAUUAGAGCAGUACAAGUGUACCAUUAGACAGACUUUUCAAAGAUCCGGUUUGAGUGUUUGACAAAUAUUUAUGUCAAAUCCAAGAAAAACAAAACACAACUAAUUAAGCAUAAUCUUAUCGAUUUAGUUGCAAUAUGAUGGGCCAAUAUCGUUGAAAAAAGCUUUUGGAAUAAAUAUUUUUAGUCAAUGCAUGAUUUCAACUUGACCUUUUCACAACACAAAAUCUGUCCUAGAAUAAUUACAAAAUACUUAUCACUAUAUAAGUACACCCACUUCCUAGCAAACAUUUACACAACACAAACAAGUCAAUAAACACAUUAACCUAUUUUCCUACUACAUUUUCCUCUUAACUACACACCUUUGUUAACUUGUUAUGGAAGGAUCAUCAAGAGGGAAGCAACAAGAGGGAGGAGAAGACGUCCGUUACCGCGGCGUCCGAAGACGUCCAUGGGGUAAGUUUGCGGCCGAGAUCCGAGACCCGACGAAACAAGGGGCCCGUGUAUGGCUAGGGACGUUCGAAUCUGCGGAGGCGGCCGCACGGGCCUAUGACCAAGCCGCGUUUAAGUUGAGAGGUCAUCUUGCUACGUUGAACUUCCCUAAUGAGUAUUACGCUAAAUUAGACCCUAUUCACCACCUUUCAAAUGCGUCGAGAUAUUAUGGUACUAAUCGACAAAUUGAUUUUUCGUCGGCAUCGUCGCCUUCUAGUAUUAGUAGUGGAAGGAGGGUUGAAAAAGGAAGUGGUUCAUCAGUGACGAAUGUCGGACCGCCUAGGCAAGAGAGGCAAGUCAUUGAGUUUGAGUACUUAGAUGAUAGAGUUUUGGAAGAUAUGCUUAGAAGAUCAGAAGAAGAUGAUUAAAGGAUUGAUAAUUAAAAGCUUGACUUUUUUUGGUUAAUGACUUUUGUACUACUACUACAAGAAGAGCCUAGUAUAGAUCAGUGUCAUUAUAUCGGCAGGUCGAGUCGUCUAUGUUGAGGAUGUUAGAUUAUGUGAAACUCUUUUAUCGGAUAAUUAUAUAAUUCUCUAUCAGAGGAUUUGUACGUACUUAUUCAUAUUUUUAGGCUCUAGAUUUUAAAAGAAAA